AAGACCCUCGAGUUCCCGAGCGCACGGCACCAAUCUCACCGAACAGAAAUCCCUGCACUUUUCUCUCUCUAACUGUGAGAAUAGAGUGAGAGAGCUCCAUAGGGCCGCGAAGCGAGAGAGAAGCUUAACUGAGAAAUUUUUUUCGAAGAAGAUGUUUCUGCGAGCGAUCGCACGGCCACUAUUGGCCAAGGUGAAACAGACGACGGGUAUUGUGGGGCUAGAUGUGGUCCCCAACGCCAGGGAGGUCCUGAUCGGUCUCUACAACAAGACUCUCAAGGAGAUCCAGGCCGUUCCUGAGGACGAGGGCUAUCGCAAGGCGGUCGAGAACUUCACACAACACCGUCUCAAGGUUUGCCAGGAGGAAGAAGACUGGGAGGCCAUCGAGAAGCGCCUCGGUUGCGGCCAGGUUGAGGAGCUUAUCGAGGAAGCUCGCGAUGAGCUCACUCUUAUCGGCAAGAUGAUCGAGUGGGAGCCAUGGGGUGUUCCAGACGACUAUGAGUGCGAGGUGAUUGAGAAUGAUGCUCCAGUUCCCAAGCAUGUUCCCUUACAUCGACCUGGUCCUCUUCCUGAAGAGUUCUACAAGACACUGGAAGCACUUACUUCUUCCUCAAAAGAGGCACCUGCAGUCACCUCUGGUGAGUCACAGUCAAAGGAGUAAAGCUAUGCUAGCAUGUGUUCUUUGGAACCUUCUUCAGUCUCAUGUUUAUGUUAUUUUGUUGCAAGUCUGAUUGCUAGAUUCAAUAGAGCUUAAUUUUAUGAGACGAAGGCUUCAAUCUCUAAUAAUCUACACUUGACUGGCAUUACAAGAACUUUGCCCCCUAUUUGUCAAAAAAAGGAACUUUGCCCCCCCUUUUUUUUUUUUACUGUUCUGUUGGCUUUUUUGUGCGAAAUGAGUCAUGUAAAGCAACAUUAGCUCUUAGCUUCUAUCAAACUUUGGGAUGUGUGGUCCACAGAAAUAUGGUUCGAUUCGGUUGAGACUUUGUAUUGUGGUUAGAGAAUAAUUACUUCAUAAUGCCAGCUUUGAUUGCAAUAGCA